AUGAACAAGAUCAUUGUGUAUGAGCAUUGUAACUUCCAGGGUCUCAGCAGAGAGUUUACUUCCAAUGUCUCCAACUUGAUUGAUCACAGUUUUAAUGACUGCAUCUCCUCUUUGAAGAUAUUUGGUAACCCAUGGGUGGUAUACAGACACGUCAAUUUCAAGGACAUCCUGGCUGUCUAUGAAGAGGGAGAAUACUCUGCAGUGCAACACAAUGAUACUAUUUCUUCAAUGGAGUUAGUGACAGAAGACCUGACAGAUCCUCAGAUCACACUGUAUGAACAUGUAAACUACGGGGGCCAGAAGAUUGUUGUUAACUGUGAGACCUCUCUGUGCUCUGGUUCUUUCAAUGAUCUUGCAUCUUCUCAUAAGGUGCAGAGAGGAGCCUGGAUCCUAUAUGAGCAUGCAAAUAGAGGUGGAUCUUUCAUGGUGGCAAGAGCUUCUCAUUGUGUGCCCAACUAUGGUUUGUUCAAUGACAAACUGUCUCACCUUCACCCUCUUAAGCCAGGUAGACCCAUUAUAUCAGCAGAGGUCCAGUGGGACAAGAAGGAGGAUCAAGUGAAAUCUGUGGUCAUUGAGUCUCUGUGUGGUCUGAAUCAUGGAGAACAUGAACAAACCUUCUCCACACAGCUGAUACGAGAGUACGACACAUCUGUCACUGAGAGUUUCCGCUUCAGCAUUGAUACAACCAUCACCUUGGGAUCAAAAUUUGAGGUAGAUAUCUUUGUGAAGGCAGAGCAGAACCUCUCUUUGAGUAAUACUUUCACUGUGGAGAGGGGAAGCACCAACGCUAGAACUGAGAAGAAGAGUGUCCGAGUCACCCUGCCAGUCAAAGUCCCUCCCCACACCAAGCUCACUGUGAACGUGGUGAGGAAGGAGGUGGAUGUGAAGGUCCCAGUCAAGCUGACCAUCACCACAGGUAGCCACAGUGAAGUCGAGUAUGGGGAAUACAGAUGCCAAUGUGGGACCUCAGUCAUGACUGAAUUCAUAGAGGAGAAGAUCUAGUGCAGCAACUGCCCAGUUCUGCCUUCUUCAUGUUUCCAGUGAGCCAGGUUGGUGUAGAGAUGUUUCCGCUCUCAGUACCUACUACGCGCUUCUGA